CUCCCGGCAACGGAAACAUGGCUGCCUCUACUACAGAGAGUAGAAGAGCACACCCCAAACACAACAACUGCAAUGUAUGUAUCAAUCAGAAAGACAACGAGGACCCGGCUUCACAGUUCCGGGAAAUUAUAAAACCCUCCAUUACAGAUCUCACCAAAGAAGUGCGGACCAAUAUCCUCUGCACCGUUGAGGGAUGUGGGAAGAUUCUCCCGAAUACUCCUGCUCUGAACAUGCACCUCGUCAAGUCACACAGGGUCAAGGAUGGGAUUGUCAACCCCACCAUCAGGAAGGACAUGAAGGGGCUACCCAAACUUUACUGUUGUCCAAUAGAUGGCUGUCCUAGAGGACCAAACAGACCUUUCUCCCAGUUUUCCCUGGUCAAACAGCACUUUAUGAAAAUGCACGCCGAGAAGAAGCACCGGUGUGAGAAGUGCGGCAGCUGCUACAGCACGGAGUGGGACCUGAAGAGGCACACCGAGGACUGUGGGAAGACCUACUGCUGCACGUGCGGCUGCCCCUAUGCCAGCAGAGCCGCCCUGCUCUCGCACAUCUACAGGACCGGCCACGAGGUGCCCACCGAGCACAGAUAUCCACCUGGCAAGAAAAGAAAGAUGGAGGGAUUGCUAAGUAGCGCCACCAAGCUCAGGCCCAACGGGCAGAUCUUUCAGGUUCUGAAGAAGGAGAGGGAGAUCUCUAAAGAGUGCGUCUCCGCCAAUGAAGCCAGCCGCUCGGAGGCUGGCUGCCAGACCCACAGCCCGACUAAAAACCCCCAGAAGCCUCUUCUGCCCAAGCCGAAGGUCGCCGUGGUGAACGUCCCGGUGAUGCAGUUCGCACACCUGCCUGUGCUCCUCUCCUCGACGGAGAGCAGCGCGCUGAGGUCCGUGCUGCUGGCGGUGGACGGCCAGGGCUCCUUCAUGAGCGCCGUUCAGUUCGUGCCGCAGCCGGUGGGGACCGUGAUGCCGCUGCUCGACACGAAGACCCUCGGCUUUCCGGACCCGCUGGGCCCGAAUCCGGUCAGCACAGGGGUGCAGGUGAAUUUGGACAAAUGUGCCUCGGGUCUUACGGAGGCCAGCGAGACGGGACGGGGCGGUAAGAGCACCUCCACCGACAUCCAGACAGACAUAUCGUACCUCACGAAGGCGUCCGCGCAAGCGCCGUGCGUUGUGGGCGAAGGCGCGGUUUCCGCCUGUGCCCAAACGGACAUCAGUGUCAGCGCGCAGGUGCUGCUGCCGGUCAGUGUUGAAACUCAAACUUUCCCCCCGCAGUCCAAAAUAACGUCCACCAUCAGUGCUCAGACGGACACCUUCGCCCAGAUGUACGUCCUCUCCGACAACGUCACCAAGGAGACGCAGACCGGUGCUGGUCUGUGCGUCCCUGACGACCGGAGGCAGAUGGACCAAGCUAUAAUGUGCACGGAGCUCUUCGAACACGAUUCCUUCAGCAUUUCAGCGCCGGCGGGCUUGAAGGAGAGGCCUUUUGUUGCGGUGCCUAUGGUGGGCGGUGGCUCCGGUCUCUAUGACGACAAGGCUGCCGGGGCGAUCUGCUUCGGUGCCCAGACCGAAAUGCUCCACCAGAACACGAUGGCCGACAACCAAACCCAGACCAUGAUGCUCUUCAGCGACUUGGAGAACAUCCUGUCGGACAGCAUGGCGGGCAGCACCAUGGACAGCCAGGGCUCCCUGUCCGACGGCACGUCCGGCUGCGACGCCGGCCUCUCGGCCGACCGAGAGCAGCACGCCGGCAUCGACUUCGACUUCGAGGAGUUCCUGGAGGCCGUGCACAGCCAGACGCAGACGGAGGAGAGCGAGCUGUGCGCGGGCGCGCCCCUGGAGUCCCUCGACAUCCAGACGCAGACCGACUUCCUGCUGUUCGACAACCCGACGCCCAGCGACGCCGGCGCCCGGACGCAGUCCGCCGAUCUGGGCCUGGAGAUGUUCGACACCCAGACCCAGACCGACCUGGACUUCUUCCUGGACCCCGGCGGCCACAUAUCCCUCGGCAGCUUCCUGAAACAGUCGAGCUUCUCCAUCAGCACGGAGUCCUCGGACACGGAGACGCAGACCGACGCCGCCCCCGCCGCGCUGGAGCCCGGCGCUCCGGACCGACACGUCAAGCUCAGCAGCGCCGAGACGCAGACGGUGACCAGCUCCUUCGACGGUCUGGGAAACCUGUUCCUCACCAGCAACCAGACCCAGACGAUCAUGGAUGACUUCCUGGUGGCGGACCUGGCCUGGAACGCCAUGGAGUCCCAUUUCAGCUCGGUGGAGACGCAGACGUGCGAGGAGCUCUUCGCCCUCUUUCAACACUCGGAGAAGCCCGGCAGCUGAGCGGGCGCCCCGGAGGGCAUUCUGGGGCCGUGACUCACAGACGAGACGGCGUCCAGUGUCAGCCGCGGGCCAGCAGCUGGCCUUUCGGUAACGCCUCUCGCCAAGCUACGACAAAGCACUACAGCGAAUAACACAACGCGAAGUAAAAGUGUAUAAUUAUCCUCAUUCCGGUCGGUCCGGUGAUUUGGCCAUCGUGGAUUCAGUUGAAGAUCUUUGGCUUUCAUGACGAGACUAGAUCCUCAGCAUGUUGGUUAGGAUUCAUAUUUUAUCCUGUUUACAUACAUUUAUUUUGCACAGAAACAAAUACUCUAGAAAUUCGUUUUUUUUUUUUUUUUUUUUUAUUUAAAAGCCGAUCAUUAAAAAGUGUCUUAUCAGUUCAGUGUUGUAAAUAUUUGUCAAUUGGACAAUUUCCUCUAGAGUGUUUUAUUCCUUUGUGGCACAAAUGAGUAUUGAAAUAUUCAUAUGCAUUUGCCACUGUUUAUGGUCUAAUUUCGUGUUUUUUAUGUAUAGUUUUUGUCAAUUUAUUUGGCCAUUGUUACAGAACAACCCAUUUACUGUAUGAAGGUAGUUCACUGUCAGUCCAAUGGCAAUUCCAUUGUCCUUACAUAGUUCUUAACUGUUUAGCAGAUUAUAGUUAUCUGUACUAAAGAAACGUUCUGUGCAGAAUUCUUUGAAAUGGCUGCUGCACUGUGAGUGUGUAGUGAUUAUUUAUGCCUAUUGAGAGUUUCCGAACACUUUUUUGGACUGGCUAGCUGCUGUUUACAGUCUCUCAUCAGCUUUUGUACUGCAUGUUGCAGGUUUUUCAGGUGAUUAACAAAUCGUGAAUCACUUAAUUGUCAGUAUAUUACUUUCCCAUUUUGAAGAGGCAUGUUCCAAAGAUGGUUGUUUUAAUUUCACUAGCUUCUUGCACGAUGUCUGGAUGUUGUGGAGUGAUGCGUUGUGAUUUGCAUUCGGUAACGUGAGGAAUGCGUCGUCUCAAAAACACGGAUCACAAUAUUUACCUCCGCCGCCAGCGGGUGGAGCGGAGGCAGCGCGAUUGCCUCCGUGUGCGCCAGUCUGAACCGGAUUACGUUUUGACGUCCGCAAAGAAGAAACCUGUGAAUUAAGGCCCGUUUGGACAGCAAAGAAGUGAUUGUUUUAGAGCUAAUGUGUACCUCCUACAGCAAUGGCACAGGGUACUUUCAUGAUCAGGAAAGACGGAAGAGGCUGACGACACACAGUGAUGUAAAACACGUUUUAAUGAGUAUCACUUAAAUAUAUUUUCAGUGAAAUUCAGGUUUAAAAAGAAUGUUUUUGAAUGUUUUCAUUUGACGGAUGGAAACCCCUUGAAUUUGUGCAAUUGCUUGGGUCUAUAUUCAGUGCAUUCGUUGAGCUCCUUCAACUCAAGUUUCAAAUGCUAGCAGUGUUUUUGAGGAGUGUUGUUCAACUGGGUGUUGAAAUGAAUGAAACAUGAUAUGUACUCAACACAGUUUUACAAUCUCCGCAGUUGGCAACAGUCGACCAAAUUUAGUUCGCCUUUGUGUCACACUGUUUCAACCUUACAGAUUUCCCCGAGUUGAUUGUUUUGUAGGUGCCUUAUUGGAAGUGUUACGUUUAUUUUUAUAUUUAUAUUUUUUUGUUAGAAUGUGAAAUCCACUGCUGCUUUUUAAAGAGGGCAUCCAGAAUGUUGUUAUGUAUUGCACAUACAUACAGAGCCAGUUUCAUAGACCCAGAGUCAUUUGAAUCUUUUUCAUCAAGGACUGUUUUGUUUGUGUUUUUUGUAGCUGUAUGCUUUAUCAGACGUAGGCUUCAUCUAGAUCUAUGAAACCGCCACAAAGGAUUCAAAGUGGCAGAUAGGCUUAUAGUAUAUUUGUUAUUGCAAGUUAUAUAGAAAUGUUCAAAUGUAUGCUUGAACACCAUUGUAUAUAUUGAUGAGUACAUGCUAAAUUCCCAGAAUGUAAUGCAGGAAUGUGAUGUUAUUGCGUCAUUCAUUGCAUUACGGUCUGUAGAGCUGAUCGUGUUACGGAUGUGUGCGAGAGUGAUCUUUACUUAACAACCAAAAUAAAUCCACAUGAUUGUUCAUUGUUUGCACAAUAAUAGUGAUGAUAUGUUUCUGCUACAUUCAAUGUUGAAUGACUUGUUCUGAAUAUGCCACAUCAGUUUAAUUUAUUAAUUUUGGUCCUUAUAGUCACAGUCACGCUAGAAAGUCACUGAAAAAUUUACGUAUACUUGAAAACGUUAUUCGCAGAUGAUUUGGCAAGCAUUUUUCCUUGUCGUGCAUGCAGUCUGUGCCAAGAAAAACUUUGAAUUUAAGUUGUAAGCUUGAGCCUAAGUUUAGUUUAGUCUAAAUGUUUAGCGUUUAGUAUGCGUUUGCCAUGACAGCCCUUGUUGUACAUUCAGUUGUGGAAGCUAUGCAGUAGAAGCUCUUAAUAAACACACUUGAAAGGAG